AUGUUAUUACUAAGCUAUUUAGCGCAAAAAUGCAUUAACGAGUAUCAAAAAUUUUCCCAAUUAUUGCUCAACUUCAAACUAUAUCCCCAAGAUAAAGAAAUGAUCUUAAACGUUAGAGAAUAUGCUUUACAAUUGAUGCAUCAACGUUUGAAAUUCACCUGCAGUGGUUAUAUGAAUAUUGAUCUAAAGAGUUAUGGUAAAGUCACUUUGAUCAUUUUAGUUUAUAUCACAAUUUUGGUGCAAUUUAAACUGAGCGAUGUUAGUGAGGGAACUGUUAGAGCCACUAAAGUAAUAUUUGGUAAAUUUUAA